UUCAGUUGCCUCAAUCGUUCAAAAAUAACUUUCCUCAGUGAAUAUGGAUAAAUCAUCGCUACACAUCGCAAUGUACCCUUGGUUUGCUAUUGGCCACCUUACCCCAUAUCUCUACCUUUCCAACAAACUUGCCGAGAAAGGCCAUACAAUCUCCUUCUUCAUCCCCAUCAACACAAAACCGAAGCUUGAGCCUCUGAAUCUCUAUCCGGAUUACAUAAGCUUUGUCCCCAUCACUCUUCCUCAUGUUGAUGGCCUCCCUUCCGACGCUGAGACCACUUCAGAUGUUCCAUCUACUUCAUACCCACACCUUAUGACUGCCUUGGACUUGACGGAGAGUCAUAUUGAACAUCUUCUCCGAGACCUUAAACCAGACGUUGUCUUGUUUGAUUUUGCUUAUUGGGUGCCAAAAUUGACACGAAAAUUAGGUAUUAAGUCAAUUCAUUACUGCGUUAUCAACGCAGCUACAGUAGGUUACACUAUGGUCCCUGCAAGGCAACGCAGUGGUUACCAUUUUGAGGCUGACUUUUUGCAGCCCCCGUCUGGUUUCCCUGUAUCCUCCAUCGUGCUCCAUGUCCACGAAACUCGACUCUUUGCUGGAGUGGCAAAGAUGAAGUUUGGCAGCGAUGUUCUUUUUCUUGAUCGCCUAUUUACAAGCUUUACUGAGUCUGAUGCGCUGGGAUUCUGGACAUGUAGAGAAAUUGAGGGGCCUUGUAUUGACUAUCUUGUAAGCCAGUUUGAGAAGCCCGUGCUUGUUUCAGGUCCAAUUCUAGUAGAGCCACCAGCCUCUACUUUAGAAGAGAAAUGGGUUGAAUGGCUAGCAAGUUUCAAGGCCGGCUCAGUAAUUUACUGUGCAUUGGGAAGUGAGAUCAAGUUAACGAAAGACCAAUUCCAAGAAUUGCUAUUGGGUCUUGAGCUUUGUGGUUCGCCAUUUCUUGCAGCACUUAAACCACCCAUCGGGGCUGAGUCUGUUGAAGCGGCGCUGCCGGAAGGGUUCGAAGAAAGGAUUAAAGGAAAAGGAAUGGUAGAUGGUGGAUGGGUUCAACAAAGACUGAUUUUAGGCCACCCAUCAAUUGGGUGCUUUGUCACACACUGUGGCUCAGGUUCUUUAUUGGAAGCACUGAGGAGUGAGAGUCAGUUGGUAAUGUUACCGCAGAUACCUGAUCAAAUUAUAAAUGCAAGGGUGAUGGGAAAGAAUUUGAAGGCUGGGGUAGAGGUGGAGAAAGGCGAAGAAGACGGCUUGUUCACCAAGCGAAGCGUAUGCAAGGCUGUGAGAAGUGUGAUGGAGGUUGAUAGUGAGGUUGGGAGGAUGGUCAGAGCCAAUCACGCUAAACUAAGAGACCUCAUGCUCAGCGAAGAUUUACAGAGAUCAUAUAUUGACAGUUUCUGCCGGGAGCUUAAAGAUUUGGUUGGAUAAUUUCUCAGUACGAUGUAGGGGCAAACAAGUGUAUUUGCUGCAAUAAGCCUCUUAGUGUCGUUAGCCUUGUUUAAUGUACUACUAUUGUAAUUGCAAUGAACCUUCAGCUUCACUCAAAGUUGAAGGGUUUAAAGUAAGUUGCAGUAUACCGUCAAAACUCUAGGCUGGCGGCUUCAGCAUGUUAAACAAUAGACUUUAGCAUGCUUUCUUCCCUUUAUUAGAUUUGGCAGUCAGUAAAUGUAAUAAUGUAUUUUAUCGUGUUUAAGUCGACUUUACUAUUACCAGUGAGAGAAGCUCUCAACCCUUUUUCCUUGGUGAAAAACUUUCAAUCUCCUAGUGAGAAUCAAAGUCUCCAUGCAUGGUGAGUGCCUCCAGGGAGGAGGAAUGACCUUCUCUUUAUCCUUCUCUCCUUCCCCCUUCCUUUCUCUGAUCUCUCCCUCUCUUUUUCAUAGUUUUCCUCUUUUUCUUUUUUUUCUUGUUUUUUCAAAAGCCUGAUCUACAGCAUCUGGGAGGUUUGGCCCCACCAUGUUGAAUAAUAAACUUAAUUUUAACAUUUAGGUGAAUCUUUUCAUUUCAUAUUUUCAUAUGUUACUAAGUGAUUUUUCAUUUCAUAUUCUCAUAUGUUACUAAGUGACUUGAAGAGGUUGUGUCUUUAAUUUUUUAAGAGUUAUUUUACAUAGGAGUUAUAUGGGAGUUAUAUGAGAUGUAAAUAAAUAAAGUU